AUGAAUAAGUACAAAUUAGUACUUCUAGCCGAGCAUUACAGGCUAGGUUAUUAUGCAUCUUUACAGUAUCAAGGAGACUCCUCCCGCUGUAUCGCCGGGUUGGAAGUAAACAACGCCCCCAACUUGUGGUGCAUUUCGUCUAGGCAGAAAUUGAAUGCCGUCCCGGGUCUCGCGAUUCAAUUCCGAAUGAUAUUGCCAUUUGUAAUCACAGGCGAUGGAACGAGUCAUACACAUCAAGCUGCCAAGGACAUCCACUGCCCUGGUCUGUGCGUGAGAACGUCAAACACGAACAAGCCAGUCAUGAAGCGCCAUUCCCCUCGCAAACUGUUUCCCUGCUCCACAAUUCGGCUGCCGAUCUGCGCUGCAGGAUGGCUGAAUGAACUGGGGCUGAGCCGCCAGCCCGCCUCAAUCCGACUCGCCUCCUGUAUCUUCAGUAGCUCGAUCCGUCGAACAAGGAUCCAGAUCCCGGGGUCUGAAUCAGCAGCUGCCAUUUCCAUGUAGACAGCCAAGAACUUUAGAUAGCUCUGGCUGCUGACCGGUGGAGUCGUCAGCUGAAUGGCGGAGCGUUCUAACUCAUCCAGUCUCCACUAUCAUAGCUGCCAUCACAAAUACACCGCUGAAGAACUGAAGGCUACUUCGGAGAGCACGCCCUAUGGCUGCUUGUCAGCCUCCUCGGCCCUGAAGCCGCCGGAACGGCCCCCAUGUUACAGGUGUAUAUUCCUUAGUUUCAACGGCUAG